GAGACUAUAAACAAAUCUUAACGACAGAAAUGAGGUCUGAGUAAGGCGUAGCGGAGAGAUGCCUUUCUUCAAAAGAAGCAACAAACCCCCUAAAAGAAGACUUGAUGCAGGGAAUACAAGUUUAAGCAAGUCUAAUUUAAGUCUCGCUGGAACUGGCGAGCUUGGUGAAUCAGGCAAUAAUGCUCUCGUAAAAUUAAAACUAGGACGACACGAGUUGAGUUUUCAAGAUGGCGACUGGAUUGCGGAGCCAGGAUCACAAAGUAGUUCUAAAGAUGGAGCAGAAGUUAGCAGGUUACAGAGAGAGAAUUCACAGCUUAAGGAGGAGAACAAUUACCUAAAGUACAAGAUUGAAGUCCUAUUAGACAUGAUGGCUGCCAGCAAUGCUGACUUAAAUGUAAUGGAGAAAGAACUUGACACUUUGCAAAGUCAGAAACAAGGCCGCAGAGUAGCAAAGUAGCAAUUUUAGAUGCUGCUAACUUUUAUUUAUCAGAGUAUUUUAUUAGUAAAUGAAUUUACUAAAUUCAGGUUUCCUACUUAUAAUUGAUAGCCACAGAGUAACAAAGUUUAGUCAGAGCUGUAUGUAUAUACAUUUGUAUUUGAAAAUAAAGAUCAAUUACUGUU